ACGAUUUAUUUAUAGAAAGCUAUUGAUCUGAGACCGUGCUCCCAGAAGUACUAAUACGGCAAAUUUCAAAAGCAGAAAAUAUAAAAAAUCUACUCGAAAAUAGAUUUCCUCGCAGCACUAAUUUAUUUAUUUUUUACUGAAGGCAUCAUAACAUAAAUGUUGCGCCACUUUAAGUUUAAAAGUACUUAAGAGAGAUUUCCACUACUGAAAUGUAUCGAAGGUUAGAUAUGUAUGUACUCGUACAUAUGUGAUGUGCUGAAUUCUUAUUCUGCUGCUAACAACUUGCUUUUUUUCUAUGAAAAUCCUAUCACUUCAUGUUGAUAACAAUGAUGACUGCUUCCUGCCAUCAGCACACUCUUUCCAAUGCAUCCAAACGUACACACAUACAUAUGCAUUUAUGCUAUUUUUUACCACACACUACCAAGUGACGUGCUGACGACUUUGUUGUUGCGAUUGUUGAUGUUGAUGUUGAUGCUGAUGCUGAUGCUGAUGCUGAUGCGUUGCCAACGAUUUGUAGUGAGUGACAAAAUCACCGCAUGCUGACAAGUCUAGUUGAUGUGAACGUCAAAAGUCACAACAAGAACAACAACAAAGCCAGCUGCAUAACAACAGCCGCAAAACCACGUGCAAAGCAAGUGCAAAUUUUUAACAACAAAUAUACGAUUUAAAAAGGGAAAAUGACAAACUCUUACUCACACACUCUCAACUCACAAAUCAUAAGUUAUGAAGUUUUCUAUGCGACACAGGCAAUGUUGGCGUUGUUGCAGCAAUUGUGUUGAUGCGUUGAUUCCUUCAAUUAUACACGUACUUACCAAACGCAACGCCACCAAUACAUACAUAACGGUAGGAGUGUAGUUGUUGUUGUCUUUGCUGCCGACGCCACUGCCACCGCCACCAACUUCUUUGCACCCACAAUCACAGAUUCAGUCAUUGUUACAGCUGAAAGCUGCUUGCACUACGUACAUACAUACGUGUAUGUAUGUUUGUGGUUUGUGAUUUGUGGUUUGUUUGUGUUUUUGCUUUUCACCUUAUGCCUUUGCGUUGGGGGUGGUUUUACGGCUUGGCUGCUGCAUGCGCUGUCGACAGCUCUGACUCUUCUUUGCCUAUUGGUAGUGCCUGCCAACGAUGGCGCGCGUUUUGCACGUUUUUCAUAAUUUUAAAAUUCUUUGCUGUUGGUCCAAUUCAUUUGAUUUUUAACUGUCAUCGCAGGCGGUAGUUAACGGCGGUCGAGUUAAUUGCGGUAUUUCAUCAAAAAAGCUCACUUAAAUUGCAGCUGCUCGACAGGCGGUCAUGGCGGAGGAGCAUCAACAGCAGCAGCAGCAGCAGCAACAACAGCAGCAGCGGCAACAGCUCUUACAACAGCAACAGCAACAACAAAAAUGUUCAAAGGAUACCACGACAACCAACUCGUCAUCCUCCCCCACUUCACCCACAAAUACUGCAACCACUACCACACCGCGCAAGUCGAAUAUCCAUGAGAUGCGCAAUCAGGACUUUGUUAGUCGGCUGAUGGCAGCCACGCCUCCCUACUUAUACUCAACGCCAGUCGGUACUAACAACUUUUUCUUCAGUGACAUGUUGCGCUCAUUGGUGGCGGCACGCAACAACGAGAAUGCCCGUAAUCUACAGCUACAGCAGUCCAUGGUGUUGGCGCGGAGACCGAGAAAGCGCACUUGGGCACACCACCGACCAUACUAUGAGCACUUGCGUGAACGCAAGGAGGCAGAAGAGAAACAUCAACUUCACUUGCAGCAGCAGCAACAACAACAACAACAGCAACAACAAUUAGGUACCAAUGCCUCUUCCGCUAUAGCGGGGUUGGAGAAGCCACUAGAACUCACAAAUAAGCCAUAUUUUCAUUUAGCCAAUAAAUACCGCAAAUUGGAAGAAGAAAGCAAAGACUCUACAGAUAUUAAAAUAGGCAAAACGGAAGUGAGCAACAUUCCAACACCCGAUUCAAUUGCUACAACCGCCACCAGUGCAGUAAGUUGUGGUGGCGGCGCAGUUGAGGCUGUGCUGCAGGACACCCCGCCGGCUGCUUCGUUGCCUCCGCAAGAUUUGGUUUUGCCACCACCACCACCGGUCUGGUAUCCUCCACUCUAUCCACCUUAUGGUAUCGAUCCACUCCACUUCUUCAUCGAUUUACGCGUCUCAGGCCAUAUUUACGAUCGCAAGAAAGAGAACAUUUCGCCACUCACGAGCACAGAUAAUAGCAAUACGGCCAAUGAUUCAGAGACAGUCACUGGCAAUGCAUCUGGUGUUAGCUUAUUGAACAAACAUCGGCAGGGUUCGGCGUUUACUGUGCCCGUGCCACGCUCCAAUGAUACAAAACCAACGGCCGGUCAUGCAUUAGACGCGAUCAAUCUCUCGUCCUCUGCUGUAGCUAGUAAAUUUGAAAGCUACGCCAAAUAUUAUGACUUGGGUGAAGCUAAAGAGAAUCAACCGUUAACUAAGGGCAGCGCCAACUACAUGUUACAACAUUUACCGCGUCUUUAUAGUCAAUUUGCAGCACGUGAUCUCCUUGGAUCGAAUCUAGCUGCGGCUGGUGGUGGCGGCAGCAGUAACAGUUUUGAUAAUGACAAUAAAUCUGAACCCGACUGUGAUGGUGAUUCUGAUGGCGCCGCCUCGGUAGAUAACUCUAUGAGCCUAGGAGGUAAUAAUCGCGAGCGGGAUGAUAUCGAUGUCGAAAUAAUCGAUUCCAUAAAGUAUCGUACCGAUGGUGAAAGCAGCCGCUGCUCGAGCGCAGAUGAUGCGUCAAUCACUCAAAUUGAUUAAACAACAAUGCCAAAAUAUAUACUUAAUAAUAAUACA